AUGGGGAGCGGGGCAGUCCAUUUAAACCUCGAACAAUCACCAAAACAUUUCAUCACAAUCAACAAGUAUACGAGAUCAAUUCCUCCAAAGCAAGAUACCAUGGCAGACCAAUCAGAAUACGUCAUCAUCCCCGGCAAACCGUCGCCGCAAUACUAUCGUGAUCUUCGAGAGCUCGCCGCUCUGACUCCACCCCCUCCAGAUGCGAUGAGCGAGUCGGUCCCUCGAUCUCUCGAGAAUUCUUGGUACAUGCUAGUCGCGUACGAGAGCAAGCACCUAGUAGACGGCAAACCCGCCCCGGGGCAAAACCCAGUGGGAAUGGGCCGACUAGUUGGCGAUGGAGCAUUGUUUUUGAUCAUGUGUGACAUUGCCGUACAUCCAGACCACCAACGCAAAGGAAUCGGAAAGCGCAUUUCUCAGAUGUUGGUGCAACAUGUCGAUGCAAACGCGCCGCAUGCCUAUGUCAGUCUGGUGGCGGAUCCGAUGGGGCAAGCGCUGUACCCGAAGUUUGGGUUCGAGAGCGUGGAACCUAGUGUUGGGAUGUUUCGCUGUGUCUAUUCGCAACAGGAUGUGGAGGGUAGGAAGGCGGUGAGGGAGAAGCAAUUGGCUAUGGCGCAGAGACAGAGAUGA